CCCGCUGCCAGGCGGAGCCGGAGCCCAGCUCAUUGCGGAGCGAAGCGGCAGCCGCGAUGGCAACCACCGUGACCUGCACCCGCUUCACCGACGAGUACCAGCUGUACGAGGAAAUUGGCAAGGGGGCUUUCUCGGUCGUGCGACGCUGCGUCAAACUCUGCACCGGCCAUGAGUACGCAGCCAAGAUUAUCAACACCAAGAAGCUCUCUGCAAGAGAUCAUCAGAAGUUGGAGCGCGAAGCCCGGAUUUGCCGUCUCCUGAAGCAUUCCAACAUCGUUCGUCUCCAUGACAGCAUAUCCGAGGAGGGCUUCCACUACCUCAUCUUUGAUUUGGUCACUGGUGGGGAGCUCUUUGAAGACAUCGUGGCCCGGGAAUAUUACAGCGAAGCCGAUGCCAGUCAUUGCAUCCAGCAGAUCCUGGAGGCUGUUCUCCAUUGCCACCAAAUGGGGGUCGUCCACAGAGACCUCAAGCCGGAGAACCUGCUCCUGGCCAGCAAGUGCAAAGGCGCGGCGGUGAAGCUGGCGGAUUUUGGCCUGGCCAUCGAGGUGCAGGGGGAUCAGCAGGCUUGGUUUGGCUUAGCCGGCACCCCCGGUUACCUCUCGCCUGAAGUGCUGCGCAAAGAAGCGUACGGCAAACCCGUGGAUAUCUGGGCAUGUGGUGUGAUCCUUUACAUCCUGCUAGUCGGUUACCCUCCCUUCUGGGAUGAGGACCAGCACAAACUGUACCAACAGAUCAAGGCUGGUGCCUACGACUUCCCUUCUCCCGAGUGGGACACGGUCACCCCCGAAGCCAAAAACCUCAUCAACCAGAUGUUAACCAUCAACCCGGCCAAAAGAAUCACAGCCCACGAAGCCCUGAAACACCCAUGGGUCUGCCAACGUUCCACCGUGGCCUCCAUGAUGCACAGGCAGGAGACCGUAGAGUGUCUGAAAAAGUUCAACGCCAGGAGGAAGCUCAAGGGGGCGAUUCUCACCACCAUGCUGGCCACAAGGAACUUUUCAGUCGGCAGACAGACCACCGCUCCCGCCACAAUGUCUGCAGCCGCCUCCGGUGCCACCAUGGGGUUGGUGGAACAAGCAGCUAAGAGCUUACUGAACAAGAAGGUCGAUGUUGGCAAGCCGCAGACGAACAGCAGCAAAGGCAGCGCAGGGGUCACCAGCCCGAAAGGAACCCUCCCUCCAGCUGCACUGGAGCCUCAAACCACCGUUAUCCAUAACCCCGUGGACGGCAUUAAGGAAUCGUCCGACAGCACCAACACCACCAUAGAGGACGAGGACACGAAAGCUGCCAGGUUCUCUGACAUUUUAUUCACGGUGAGGAGGGGCUCGGGGCCCCUGGACGCCGAAGGGCUGCAACCUGCCACCAGCCAGCCCUGCCCAUCUCCAGCUGUCACAAACCCUCCACCUCCCCAGCCCGCUAAGUUCUCUGACAUUUUAAGCACGAUGAGGAAGGGCUCCGGGCCCCUGGAUGCUGAGGGACCGCAGCCUGCCGGGAGCCAACCCUGCCCGUCUCCAGCCCUGGCGACCCCUCUUGUUCCCCAGUCCACCAGGUUCUCUGACCUUUUGAACACCGUGAGGAGGGGCUCUGGGCCCCCGGACACUGCCGUCAGCCAGCCCUGCCCAUCUCCAGCCGUCACGAACCCUCUGCCUCCCCUACCCCGCAAGCAGGAAAUCAUCAAGAUCACCGAGCAGCUGAUUGAGGCCGUGAACAACGGGGACUUCGAGGCCUACGCGAAGAUCUGCGACCCAGGCCUGACAUCAUUCGAACCCGAAGCCCUGGGCAACCUGGUCGAGGGGAUGGAUUUCCACAGAUUCUACUUCGAAAACUUGUUAUCCAAAAACAACAAGCCCAUCCACACGACCAUCCUGAACCCCCACGUACAUGUGAUCGGGGAGGACGCCGCCUGCAUCGCCUACAUCCGCCUGACGCAGUACAUUGACGGGCAGGGCCGCCCCCGCACCAGUCAGUCAGAGGAGACCCGCGUCUGGCACCGCCGCGAUGGCAAGUGGCAGAAUGUCCACUUCCACUGCUCGGGGGCGCCCGUGGCACCGCUGCAGUGAAGAGCUACCGCUGGCUGUUUUGGUUUCAUCCCGAAGGAGACGGUGAUUUGAGCUGAGCCGCUAGCCGGGAGCAGCGGUGCCAAGCACGCGCCCGCAUGCACGUGUUCCCCCUCCCCCUGCCCGUUUCCAGUGCCUGUGUUUGCAGAAAAAUACCAACAAAAAAAAAAACAACAACAAAAAAAAACCCAACCCCACCCCGAGCCCAGCCCGGCCAUGACUUCUCCAGAUCCAGCCGCCCCCGUCCCUGCCCCCCCGUGUCUGUCCAGCCAAGUGAGCAGGUGUUGCGAUGAAACUGUUCCGACUCUGAUACAAACCUUCCUUCCAAAGCCCCACGCCACCCACCCCCCGCGCUGCCCGCCCCUGCACUGAGCGGCGCUCCGCCGAGACGACUUGCAUUCUCUGUCGAAGCAUGGACCUUCCCCGUGGUCGUGUCCCGUGGUCGUGUUUGCGCUUGGACAUCUGUGACAUGUUUUUCGAACCGUUCCUCGACAGCGGACUCUGCUCCCGAGCGCUCGGGCUUCCCCGGAUCUUCCCCUUCUAGUUGUGCUUGUGGAUUGUUCUGAUGAUGAUGACAUUACUAUUCUU